GGAAGGAAGCGAACAAGACAGAGCGCAUCUGAAAGAGUAACUGUAUUACAAUAGAAGCCGGUGUUUUUCAGAAACUCAAUGUUUUGCCCGUUGAUGAUGGAUCCCAGGACUGGCUGGAUUCAACCGGAGCAAAAGGGUCCAGCUUACGAGACAUGGAAAGCCGUUUUGGAAGAUGUCACUUCACCAACGAUGGUCGACAAUCACCGUAGCAAAGAAUACAUCCCUUUGAAUCGGAAGAAUACUUUUAAUGAAGAAGUGGAAAGCACAAAAUUGAACAAUCUCAUAAAUUCCGACAAGAAUCAUGUUAGUAAGAAGAAAAGAGUCGAGAAUCAAACCCCUUGGCGGUCCAAGGAUAAAAAUUAUCCAGACGGGCUGGUGGGGCUUCAUGAGGAAAUCUUGGACUUCUACAAUUUUAUGAAACCCCGAACGGCCGAACAUACAAUGCGACAAGAAGUGAUAGCAAGGGUUCAAGAAGUCAUCAGACGGCUAUGGCCCACUGCUGAAGUGGAAGUGUAUGGAAGUUUUCGGACGGGGCUUUAUUUACCAACCAGCGACAUCGAUAUUGUUGUGUUUGGAAAUUGGGAGAGACUGCCAUUAUGGACGCUAGAGCAAGCACUCACGGCAAAUAAGAUCGCCGAGGCUUCAUCUAUCAAAGUCCUGGACAAGGCAUCGGUUCCAAUAAUCAAACUGACUGAUCAAAAAACCAAUGUGAAAGUGGACAUAAGCUUUAAUGUUCCAGCUGGACUGAAGGCUGCUGAAUUUGUAAAGGACCAAAUAGAAAUCUUUCCUUGUUUGCCACCCUUGGUGUUAGUUUUGAAACAGUUCCUGCUGCAGCGAGAACUGAAUGAGGUGUUCACAGGUGGUAUGAGUUCAUACAGUCUUAUUCUGAUGGCAAUCAGCUUUCUGCAGAAUCACAUACGAAAUGAUGGUAGAACGCAGAAAAGCAAUCUUGGGGUUCUUCUGAUUGAGUUCUUCGAACUUUAUGGACGUAAUUUGAACUACACUAAUGUGGGAAUCCGAGUGAAAGAUGGUGGAUCUUAUUUUAGCAAGCAGGAGGUUUUGCACAGCAUGGAUGAUGUUUUCAAUCAGUCAUGUGCAUUAUUGUGCAUUGAAGAUCCCUUCACGCCAGGUAACUACAUAGGAAAGAGCUCUUAUAAAUUCAUGGAUGUGAAACAAGCAUUUGAAUUUGCCUAUCAUGUUCUAAGCAAACAGGUUCUGAAAGACCUUUCUCGUUCACCUGAUCGAAAUUUUGAGAGGCCUGAAGUGGAAGAAGCUGGCUAUCUCAGCCGCAUUGUGCUGGUAACAGAUGACGUUGUUGAAUAUCGAGAUUGGGUUGCCAGAAACUGGCCAUCAUUCAGUGGUCCAUUUAUAGCUCAAGCAAGCCAGUCACCUCCAACAUAUGCCAGUAUAGCAAACAGACAUGUUCAACCGGAGACCCCAGACAUUACAUCGCUGGAUGUCAUUAACAAAAGUGCUACAUGGCCUCUGGAAAGGUCUCAGUUAAAUGUUGUUACUUUGAUGUCAGCAAACGAAAUGGUGACUGUUAAAGAGCAAGAGCCUUUGGUCAGGCACACAAGUGCUGACAGCCUCUUUACUCUUGCCAGUGGAACUGAAAUGAAAGUGAGUGCAAACUCAGUUUGGUCUGCGACUUCUGUUCGGAAAUUGGCAGAUUCACUCGCACAAGACAAUAAAGCCAAGAACAGAAUGAGUACUGAAACAAGAACUGCUUAUAAUUUAAGACAUAUAAAACCUCCUUUGACUGCAAGACCUUCAUCUGUCAGCACUAGCUCCUCAUCACCAGUGACUUCUUAUUCAGGGGCAAUAAAACAGUCCUUAACAUCAUCAUUGAAACAGGCAGUAGGAACUACAGCAAAGGCCUCUGUGGUUGAAUCUUCCUCAAAGUUGAAAGCUGUGGCAGUUGUGGGACCUAUAAGUAGUGGCUCUCCAAAAAAGGCUGAAGAGCAGAAGACUUGUGCAUCAAAUAAUAAUAAUGCUGUGGUUAGUUCACCAAAGCUGGACUGCGUGACCACUAGCCAGCUCAGCAAAGACAAUGGUAUGGGAAAACAAAGCUCUCCCACAAUUGUUUUAAUCAGUAAAAAGAACAAUGACAACAGUAACCAAAACAAUAACAACAACAACAACAACAAUAACCACCAUGGCAAAAGCUUCGCAAACAGUGGUUCAAAGAGUUCAUCUAAACAGAAACGUGGGAAAUCACCCAAGAGUAAAAAGGGUAGGAGUUAAUAACGAGGUGGAAGAGAGGAAACAUGCUCCCCUUUCACUUCUUUAGCAGUGGCAGUGAUUCAAUCAUAUUUAAACUAUAACAUGAAAUUCAUGAAAUUAGAAUGUGGGAAAUAUUUCAAUACUCUUUAGGGGGACAUUGCAACAGAGAAAUGAUUGCAAAAAAAAAAUCUAAUCUAUAGUUUUUGAAAGACCAAAAAAAUAUUAUGCACUAUAGUAUUUUUUAAGUAACUAAACAAAACAAAAAACUUAAAUUUAUACGAAGAUACUUUCGUUCAAAUCUUGGCUUAUUCUCCUCUUUUAAGGGCCUUCAGAAUAAUUUAUGUUUUAACAGUUUCAAAGUAAUGAAUUUACAAAUAAAAAUUCUGACUUCCAAAAGUUUGUAUCUGGGAAAGAAGAAGAAUAUUUAAGUUAGGAAAGCAAAUGUAUAUAAAUGAAUCUGUAAUGCUUCUUUGUUUUUGUCUUCAAUCAUUAUCAUACCACUGAAAAAGUCACAGUUUAUUAUAUGUAGGUAUCAUGUACAUGUAUAUUAUUGCCUGUCAAUAAUACUCUGAUUGUGACUGUCACUCAUACAUAUCAAGUGCUAGUUCAUCUUUUGUGUUAAACAUAUCAUCCCUGACAAGAAUUAAUGUGCUUUUUGAUAUAUUGGAAAUCAAAAUAAUACGAGAAUAUUUAUUUGAAUUAUUUAGGUUUCCCUUUAUUCUUAAAUUUUUACAUUGCCUGGGGGUUAAUGCUAAUUUUGUGUCAUACUGGUGGUGGAAAAUGGAAUAUUGGUUUUAAUAAUUGUCUGUUGAUCUUAGCUGGCUGGCUUCUUAGAAUCAUCAUGAGAAAGGAGUGAACUUAUUGACAAUGGAGUUUCCUCAUAGAAAGAUUUAAGCCAAAUUCAAGAAAUAGUCGUGGAAUUCAUCAUCACAAAAAUCAUGGGAAAGAAACUAUUAUAAUAAUUUUUCAAAACGUGGGCAUUAAGGAUGAGUUAUAAUGUUUAACUUAUUAGGAUGAGUUAUAAAAGCAAAUGGUCCCAAAAUUUUUAAAAAAAGAAAAAAACAUUUGGAGUUAUAGUUAGAAAUAGGAGUAAGUGGGGGGGGGGUAGGAUGGGAGUAGUGUGGGUGAAUGAGUGGGGACCGACCUUCAAAAAGUGCAAGGGGGAAAUUUGUGAGAGCCAGAAGCAGGUGAGAACUACUAAAAUGAAAACAAACAACUGCAUCAUGAUUAUUAGUCUGCACUGUUUAGGGAUGAGAAUCAAAGGUGCAGAAAGGGGAAGGCUAAUAGCCCCCACACCUGCUUCUGCUGCUUCCUCUGACAAAACCAGAUAACUAUGAGUGGGAGUUGGAUAUUUUUAUUAGUAGUGUGCAUGAGUAGUAAACAACACGAAGUAAGGUGAUUAAAUUUCAUAUAAUUUAUUCCUCUUUCCCU